UUAUUUCAGUGGAAAUAAAAAAAAUUAUUAAUACACUACGAAAAAGGGGUUCGGCUUAGACGAACCCGACGAGAGAAGUCGCGACGAUGGAGGAGGAGCUGAAUCAGAAGAUCGAGGCGGCGGUGGUCGAGAUCCUACGAGAAUCCGACAUGUCCACCACCUCCGAAGCCAUGGUCCGCUCUAUGGCCAGCGAUCGGCUCGGCCUUGACCUCUCCAGCCGCGGCCGCAAGCUCUUCGUCCGCGGCAUCGUCGAGUCCUUCCUCGCCUCGCAGCAGGACGAGGAUGAAGAAGCUGCUGCUGCCGCGGACGCUUCCGGAUCCGGUCCGAAGAAAGAAGAAGAAUCUGGGGAGCAAGCGGAAGCAGAUCAGGAGGAGGAGGAGGAGGAGGACGAGGCGGGGCGUUCCAUUAAGAGGAGUCGCAGACCUAAAGAGUUCGACGACGAGGGCGAUCUCAUCCUUUGCCGCUUGUCAAAUAAGAGAAGGGUGACGCUUCAGGAUUUCAGAGGAAAGACCCUGGUGUCCAUCCGAGAGUACUAUAUCAAAGACGGCAAAGAACUGCCUUCCUCCAAAGGAAUAAGUCUGUCAGUCGAACAAUGGCAAGCGUUUCGGAAUGCUGUACCUGAUAUUGUAGCCGCGAUCAAGAAGCUUGAAGGAUCAGACUAAAAGAACUUCAGAAGGAUCGGCGUCACAUGUUUUAGGUUUGUUGUGGAGAUUUUGAAGCCCUUUCUCCAUUCUGAAAAUUUUAUUUGGAUUUCAAAAGGAAAAAGGAAAAUUGUAGACUUGUAAAAUGGGAAAUUGUACCCAAAAUUUUAUCUGAUUUGUUGAUGAGUGGGUAUGAUAAUAUUGUAAUCUUAAAAUAAGGGUAAAUUGCUAAAGUUAUUUUAAUUUAAACUA